CACUACCUGCACAAAUCUUAACUCUCCGGCUUCACUCUCAAAAAACCUCAAGAAAACCUAAGAGCAUUUCACCCAAAAAAAAAAGGAAAAAUCAAGAACUGACGUGAAUUUCCGAAAAUGUCCGGCUCACUGGACAUGUCACUCGACGAUAUCAUCCGUAAUAAAAGCCGAUCCGAAGGGCAUUCCCGUGAUUCCAGACGCAAACCCCGUCUCUCCGGUCCUGGCCCUGAUCGUCGUGCCCCCACUCGCGGCCCGCUCAGAACCAACCCGUACCCGGUUAGACAGCAAACGCAGAUGCAAAUACAGGUACCAGCAUUUCAGGGACAGUUGGUUUCGAGUGGAGGAUCUGACAUGGAGGGGAAGCUGUAUGUAUCGAACUUGGAUUACGGUGUUUCUAAUGAGGAUAUUAAGGUGCUAUUCUCUGAGGUUGGUGACUUGAAGAGGUACUCUAUUAAUUAUGAUAAGAGUGGAAGAUCAAAGGGAACGGCGGAAGUAGUCUUUUUCCGACAGACAGAUGCUUUGGCAGCUAUCAAGCGAUACAACAAUGUUCAACUUGAUGGGAAACCAAUGACAAUUGAGCUUGUGGGAGCAAAUGUUCUUAUGUCUUCUGCUCCUGUCCCUCCAACCAAAAGCGGCAUUAUGAGAAACCCCAAUGUGGCCUCUAAAAGGGCAUGGAUUCACAGUGAUGGUGGUGGUGGUGGUGGUGGUGGUGGUAGUAACGGACCUAACACCAGUGGUGCUGGCCGUGGUUUUGCUAGGGGAAAUCGACCGCGUGGACAGAUUGGUAAAAAACUAUCUGCAGAAGAUCUUGAUGCUGAGUUGGAUAGGUACCACUUAGAAGCUACACAAAUUAAAUGAUGUUUUCUCCUGCUAUUUGCUUGUGCAAUUACUCUUUGUCUAGGUAUAUUGGCUGCUUCUGUUUUGAGUUGGAAAUGGUGUCACUGACUUAUUGAGCAUGGUCUUUUGAAUCUAAUUACACUGUGGAUUUAACAUCCCAAUUUUGUUAUGAAGGUGACAGUGAUUAAUGCCUGUAUAUUCUCCCA